AUGAUAAUCAGUUCUCUGCGGGAGAAAGUUCUCUCCAUGGCACCAGUAAGAGCUGAUUCUAUCGAAAAGCUAGUAGACUAUGCACUGGCGGUGCAGAACUUGUGUUCCGUCAUCGAUGCUUGCGGACGUAAGGAGUAUAUGCGGGACGUAACGCUAAUGCAGGAGCUUGUUUGUAAACUUCCCUCUGCCAUCAAACUUGACUGGGCGAGGCAUAGCAAAAGUCUUGUAAGGGUGACCCUAAUGACAUUUUCCGAUUGGAUCUUCUCUAUCGCGGAAGAUGCAAGCAUCGUAGCAAAUCCACGAAAAUAUUACAAUUUCGACCAAGACCACCGUGGUAAACGCCAAGGGAAGGCGUUCAUAAACACGCAUGCCGCAUCUUCUUCUUCGGAAACUGUUGGCCAACGUUUAACAACUGGAAAUCGAGUGCGAUACUCCGAGAGUGGCAACACAACGAGUGAAUCAUCUGUAUGCCCUACAUGCAAGGGCAACUGCCGCACUGUUGCGAAGUGUAAACGUUUCAUUGAUCUCUCUGCCGAGGAGCCAAUUCCUUGUUCCAGCCAAAGGAAAGCCAACGAAGGGCGGAGCAUCAACACUCAUCAAGUGGAAGCAGGUGUUGAGCUAUUCCGAUAUUUACCCGUGACGUUGUUCGGACCUAACACGAAGGUUGACUGUUUCGCUUUCCUUGAUGAUGGAUCAGAACUGACGUUACUAGACGAGCAGAUUUCCAAAGAACUGGAACUGGUUGGAGACACAACGCCAUUGUGUUUAAGGUGGACAGGAGGAACUCAUCGCUUUGCAGACACGUCAAGGCAAGUAAAUCUUGGAAUUUCCGGUCUGAACGGGCGAAGAUUUGAUUUGAAUGGAGUUCGAACAGUUGCUUCGCGCGAGUUGCCUUUCCAGAGCUUGGAUGUUGAAUUGCUGAAGCGGAAAUAUGCGUAUCUGGAUGGAGUUCCGGUGAAGUCGUACAAUCGUGUACGGCCGAGGAUCUUGAUAGGCGUAAAACAUGCCAAUAUCUCGUUGGUGAGGCGCUGUCGUGAAGGCAAGGAUGGGGAACCAAUCGCCGUCAAGACUCGCCUAGGUUGGACGAUCUUCGGAUGGCGGUCGAAUCCAGAGAAAGUUGACGGGAACUACAGCUAUCACAUCUGCGAGUGUAGUCUACAAAACGAAAGUCAACUGCAUCAGGAAGUCAAGCAGUAUUUCUGCCUAGACAGUUUGGGGAUAAUGAAACCGACAAACACAACUGUUUCUAUAGACGACGAACGAGCAUUAUCGCUUUUAAAUUCGCUCACGCGCACCGUCGAAAACAAAUACGAGACCGGUCUUCUUUGGCGUUUCGAUAGUAUUCGUUUACCCGACAGCCGACCGAUGGCUUUGCAACGACUGAGAUGCCUCCAAAGACGUUUAGCAAAAGACAACGAUUUAAGACUUGCGUACAAUGCAAAACUAGCCGAAUAUGAACAAAAAGGGUAUAUUAAAAAAGUAGUGCCGGAAGAGCUAGCAGCGAGAAAGGGACAGGUAUGGUAUCUACCAACGUUUCCGGUCAUUAAUCCCAAUAAGCCAGGGAAGAUUCGGAUUGUAUGGGACGCUGCUGCAACCGUACGUGGAGUUAGUCUGAACUCGGUGCUGUUAACAGGUCCGGAUUUGCUGAGUUCGUUGGUUGCUGUCUUGCACAAAUUUCGUGAAUAUCGUGUUGGUAUUUGCGGAGACAUUCGCGAGAUGUUUCUCCAGAUAGGUAUACGGCCUGAGGAUCAGUUUUAUCAACUGUUUUUUUGGAACGAAGAUAGCAGCGAACGCGAGCCAAGCACAUUCAUAGUCCCCGUAAUGAUCUUCGGAGCAUGCUCGUCACCGACCACUGCUCAGUUCGUUAAGAACAAAAACGCUCAGAGGUUCCGUGAAGAGUUUCCGUUAGCAGUUGAGGCCGUGGAGAACAAACAUUAUGUCGACGACAUGCUCGCUAGCACGGAGACGGAAGCUGAAGCUAUUGAACUAGCAAAGUCGGUAAAAUACAUCCACGCGCAAGGUGGGUUUGAUAUUAGGAACUGGGUGUCCAAUUCUGCCGAGGUUUUGAAAGCCCUAGGUGAAAAGCCAAUGAAUGAGAUGGCUCUCAAUAUAGUGGCGGAGUACGCUACUGAAAAGGUUUUAGGGAUGUGGUGGAAUACAUCAACCGAUUGCUUCAUUUAUAAGAUCUGCUGGACUCGAUUUGACGCGAAGCUGUUUGAUGGAAGCAGACCUCCAACAAAACGAGAGCUGCUCCGUAUCCUUAUGAGUAUAUUUGACCCGUUAGGACUUAUCUCCCAUUUCCUGAUGGCUCUGAAGGUCACGCUUCAAGAUAUAUGGCGCAUAGGACUGAAGUGGGAUGAUCAGAUAGAGAGCAAGCAGUUAGACAGCUGGAAAACAUGGACAGAACGUUUACCGAAAUUAGAGGAACUGCAAAUUCCCCGAUGUUACCGUCAAAUUACGUCCAUAGGUGAUCGUAAUCGGGUUCAAUUGCACACAUUUGUUGAUGCAGGAGAAAACGGAAUGGCUGCCGUUGUAUAUCUACGUUUCGAGGAGGACGGGCAUAUCGAAUGUGCUUUGGUAGCGGCGAAAACGCGUGUUGCUCCCCUGAAGUAUCUGUCAACACCUCGAUCAGAGAUUCAAGCUGCCGUAAUCGGUGCCAGGCUGGCCGAUAGCAUAAUCAAAUCAUUGUCCAUUCAUGUACUACGACGUUUUUUCUGGUGUGACUCCUGCAAUGUAUUGUGUUGGUUACGUUCCGACCAUCGGCGGUACAGCCAAUACGUGGCUGCAAGAGUGAGCGAAAUCCUGGACAUUACCGAAGUCAACGAUUGCAACUGGAUUAAAUUGGAGCAGAAUGUAGCUGAUGACGGCACUAAAUGGACGAAACAUAUACAGCUGAGAUGUAGCGAUCGCUGGUUCAAAGGGCCUGAAUUCCUAAAGCAGCCGGAGCCAAAAUGGCCCAUCAUUCAUUCUAACCAAGAAACAACAACCGAAGAACUUCGAUCAACCGCACUCGUCAACACCCACAUCAAAGCUGAAGAACCGGUUGUCAUUGCAACUAAAUAUUCAAAUUGGAAACGAUUGCUGAAAGUUACGGCUUAUGUGAAGCGGUUUGUGGACAACAUACGAGCGAAACAACAUCAACAAUCUUCGCAACAUGGACCUUUGGUAUCAGCUGAACUACAGUGGGCUCAGUUGUAUCAUUUUCGCCAAGCCCAACAAAAUGUAUACAACGAGGAGUUGAAGAUACUCGCCGUUGCCAACGGAGAUGGACACCAAAAACGACUAUCAACUAACAGCAGAAUUUAUAAGAUGAGUCCGUUUCUGGGUGCGGAUAACGUAUUGAGGAUGAACAGCAGAGCCGCGAAAUGUACAUUCCUGUAUCCUGAUGAAAAAUAUCCGAUAUCACCACCGAAAUUACGCGACAGUUAUAAACGAGGUUCGCCGACGUUAUUGCAUCCCUAG